UAUCCACAGCCACACGCCGCCACCCUCGCUCUCAGUCACACCCUCUCGCGCACGCGCCCGGCCGCACACCAUGGCCGCUGCUUCAGCGUCACUGCUCCGCCUCGCCACCCCGACCCGCUCCCCGCGCUUCGGCCUCCCUUCCCGCCCCGCCGCCGCCCGGCCGCGAGGCGCGCGCCUGGCGCCGCCGCCGCGGGCGUACAAGGUGACGAUCGAGCACGGCGGCGAGUCCCGCGUGGUGGAGGUGGAGGGGGACGAGACGAUCCUGUCCCGCGCGCUGGACGAGGGCCUGGACGUGCCGCACGACUGCAAGCUCGGCGUGUGCAUGACGUGCCCGGCGCGGCUGGUCUCCGGGGAGGUGGACCAGAGCGACGGCAUGCUCAGCGACGACGUCGUGGCGCAGGGAUACGCGCUGCUCUGCGCCGCGUACCCGCGCUCCGACUGCACCAUCCGCGUCAUCCCCGAGGACGAGCUGCUCCAGGUCCAGCUCGCCACCGCCGACGACUGAUGACGCCCCGCCGGCGGCGAGCGGGCAACAACCUCCGGCAGUGUGUAAUAAUAAUGGUCCUGAGACUAGUACUCCUCUGUUGAUUAGUGCUAGUGACACGAUUUUUUUUUCGAGAAUAGCUAUUGCGAUGUGCCUUUUUGCCAAAUUUCUUGUCAGUUC